AUGUCGACGUCCUCCGAGCGCACUGCUUCUGCCGCCGGAAACUCCUCGCCGGCCACCGGAAAUUCGUUAUCCGGUGCGCAUCACUACAUCACGAUGAAGCUGACUCUCAAAAAUUAUCUCUUCUGGAGGAUGCAGCUGCUUUCUUUCCUCCGCGGCCAGGAUCUCCUGGGGUUCGUGGAUGGCAGCUUUCCAUGCCCGCCGGCCACCAUUCUUGGAACUCCGUUGACUGGCGACUCGGCAACCACCUCAACCGCGACUGUCGCGGUGGCCAAUCCGGCGUACCACGCCUGGGUUAAACAGGAUCAGACCAUCGUGUCUCUCCUGGUCUCGUCCAUGGCGGAUGAAGCUCUUCAUCUUGUGCUAGGCCGGGAUACGUCGGCUGAUAUAUGGAGCUCCACCACCGGCGCACUUGGGUCCUCCAGUCAGGCUCGGUGUCUCACACUGUUAAGCCAAUUCCAGAUGUUACGCCAAGGCAACGCCACAACCGCAGACUACCUCGGGAGAGCCGGCGUCCUAGUCGAAGCUCUCAUUCAAGCCGGUCGCCCGCUCACACUAAUGGAGCAGAAUUUAUAUGUCAUAAGGGGCCUGCGACCGGAGCUGAAAUCACUCGCCACAUCCUUAACGGCAACCGGGGCGGCGGUAACACUGACGCAUCUCUCUGAUUUCCUACAGGCGCAUGAAUUUAUUUUGGUGGAUGAUUAUCCAUCGCUCGACACCGGCGUCACCCACACUACCAUGUACGCCGGAACUGGCCGGGGAACGCACGGUGGUGGCAGGCAGCAGCAGUCCUCGUAG